CACAACAAAGCCACUUGUCAUUUGCAAUUCACACAGCUAUUACAGCUCUCGGCUUACGUUACCUGCAUCUAUAUACUCAGAACAACUAACCACCAAAGUGUGACCUUUCCGUGGAAAAGGUCACCGGAUCACGGCGGCUGCAAGAUCCGGCCGCAGACGGCACGAGCGGGGUGCACAAGUUGCGAGACAAGAUGGCGACAUGGCACAGUGUGAUGGCCAUUGUGGCGUACGCGGUGUGCGGAGUGUACAGUCUCGAGCAGAAGGAUAUGGCGGUGGCGGCGGCCGAGGGCAUCCCGGUGCACGAGGUGCCCAGUGUUAUCCUGCUGGCGCCGGAUCAAUUGUCGGUGUUGAAGGUGCUGGGUGAUCGGUUGAAAAUGCACCACGUCGACACCGACCAAUUCCUAAUGGCCAAUCACGACCCUGAUGGCGAGGUGCUGGAUGUCGAUAUGCCGGGAGUGAUUGCUCAGAAGAAAGACAAAACCCCCGGCAAGCCGUUCAACGCCAACACGGACCCGGACGGCCGUUAUAGUGCCAUCGGCAACUGGGAGCACUUCCUUCCACCACUGAAGCGCCGCGCCGGAGGGAAACUGUGCUACAUCAAUCCCAUCGCUUGCUUCGGCCGUCGCCAACGGGAGGCGGCUAAUUAAUGUGACGACCGGCAUGCAACAUGCUUUGAAACUGAGACAACUACGACAGAAGUAUUUGUAGCCGUUCCUUUUUUACCGCGGGACUAAAAAUUAUUUAUUUUGAUUGUUUUCCUUAGGACGUUGGGCAUAAUUAUCUUUAUACCGGGCAAUAAAUAUCCCCAAAAGCAGUUUUCACGCAAAUCUUACACGGCCUAUGAUGCCUAUCAUCAUUAAAAACAACAGAAUAACGAAUACAAUAA